CACAGUGAAAGGGCCGGGGAAGAUCAUGAUGUGACAGGAACUAAAGGUCCUUCUGAAAUCUUCCCUGUCACCCUUCUCACCCUGACAGGAGGCAGAGUAACACUCAUCUUUGGCUCCAGAUUGUCCCAGCCUCCCACAGGACAGGGAAGGGAACUGGCUGUAGUGGAGCCAGUCCAGGGGCCGGUGAUCUUCGAGGAGGUGGCUAUGUAUUUCACCAGGGAUGAGUGGGCUCUGCUGGACCCCCGUCAAAGAGCCCUCUGCAGAGACGUUGUGCAGGAGAACUAUGAGAAUGUGACCUUGCUGGGUGUUGGGAUGAUGAGUGAGAACGAGGAGGAGAAUCCCCAGCAGGAAGAUGCUGAGCAAGUAGAACUACAUGAGACGUUAUCAGGAAGAUACAAAGGGAGUGUUUCCUGGAGUUGUACACUCCCAGAAAAAGCAAAAGUCUGUGAGACUCAGCAGAGGCCAGAGGAAAACUCAAGUAGCCUCUCAGACCUUAUUACACACGAGAGAAUCAACUUGGAAGAGACACGCUACACAUGCCAUGAGUGUGAGAAAAGCUUCAAUGGGAGUUCAGACCUUUUCACGCAUCAGGGAAUCCACAGAGGAGAGAGACCCUACACAUGCUCUGAGUGCAGGAAAACCUUCAUUGAGCGCUCAGACCUUGUCAGACAUCGCAGAAUCCACAGUGGAGAGAGACUCUGCACAUGCUCUGCAUCUGGGAAAAGCCUCAAUCAGAGCUCAUUCCCUAUUAGACAUCAGAAAAUCCAAAUGGGAGAGAACUGUAAGAAAUGCCUUGAUUAGGGCU